AUGGCUCCGAUAGACCUUCAUACUGAAGGUUCCCAGGAAGGUGUUGUAAGACUUCUUGUCAUUCUAACAGGCCUGGGCAUUGUGGGGAACAUCUUUGUUUCUUUGAAUUAUAUGUGCAUUUUGAAGGGCACUGGCAGGAAAUCUAUAGACAUUAUUCUCAUUCAUCUGACUUUUAUAAACAUCAUAAUGCUUCUUUCCAAGGGAAUGACAAAGACAUUAGCAGCUUUUGGUUUGAGGAAUUCUCUGUACCAUGUUGGUUGUAAGAUACUGGGUUACCUAGAGAGGGUGGCCCGGGGCCUGUCCAUCUGCACCACCAGUCUCCUCAUAGUGGUCCAGGCCAUCACCAUCAGUCCCAGAUCCUCUAGGUGGGGGAGGCUGCAGCCCAGGUCUGCAUGGCACCUGCUUCCCUUGUUCCUCUUCUGUUGGAUUCUCAAUUCCUUGAUAAGCAUGAACUUACCAUUUUACAUCAAAAAUAUCAGCAGCAUGAACACAUCAGAAAUCAGUACAAAUGACAACUACUGCUAUUUUCUACCAGGAAGUGGGAUAAUCAGAUGUGUUUUUUUCACUCCUAUGGUCUUCAGAGAUGCUGUGUUCCAGGGUGCCAUGGGCGGGACCAGUGUCUACAUGGUGUCCCUCCUCCACAACCACCACCAGCACGUGCUCCACCUUCAGACCUCCAAGAUCCUCUACAGAAGCCCCCGUGAGGUGAAGGCUGCUCAAAGCAUCCUCCUCCUGAUGUUCUGUUUUCUAUUCUUUUAUUGGGCAGAUUGUUUUAUUUCUUUAUAUUCAAAUUUCUUCAUACACCAUGAUUCUAUAGCAAGAAUUGCUCAAGAAAUCCUGACCCUUGGUUAUGCAAUUCUUAGCCCAUUGGUGCUGAUUCACAGAGAUGGACACCUGGCUAAGUGUCGGCGUGCUCAGUAA